AAAUUAAAAUCUUAUGCAUGUUUAUUUAUGUCUACAACGCUUUACUUCAACGCAUAUAAAUACAAAUGGGAACUCUUGGGAGUCAUCAUAGUCAGUGGUCACAAGUCAACAAGAGUAAACAGCUCAAAAACUAAUAUUAAACAAAAUGUACAAGGUCGUGUCCUUUCUCUCCGUCGUGGCUGCUGCGUCUGCGGGCGUGAUUGCUCCAGGUUACGCGGCUGCCCCCAUCUACCCAGCCCCCGUGGCGGCUGCCCCUCUCGCAUACGCUGCUGCUCCCAUCGCCAAGGUUCACGCCGCCCCCGUCGCUUAUGCUGCCCCUCUCGCCAAGGCCGUCGUAGCUCAACCAGAGCCAUACGACCCAAAUCCACAAUACAACUACGGAUAUUCCGUUGCCGACGGUUUGACCGGAGACUCCAAGACCGCAUCUGAAACGAGAGACGGAGACGUCGUCAAGGGACAAUACUCUCUCGUCGAGCCCGAUGGUGCCAUCCGAACGGUCACCUACACCGCUGACCCCGUCAACGGAUUCAACGCCGUCGUCGACCGACAAGCCCCAGGCGUUGUCAAGGCCGUUGCCCCUGUUGCCCCCGUUGCAGUGGCCAAGGUAGCAACCUACAAUGCAGCCCCACAAUUCUACUCUCCUCACCAUGCCGUCGCCGCCGCUCCACUUGCUUACGCCGCUCCAGCGAUCGCCAAGGUCCACGCCCCAGUUGCUUAUGCUGCUGGUCCAGCAAUCGCAAAAGUUUUCUAAAUUAUCCAAUAGUUGUUGUUCCUAAAUUAAUUCUUUAAAAAUGAGCUAUGUUGUGCGAACACCUUAUUUUCUUACCAUGAAUAAUGCUCAAAACAUGUUGUGAUGAUUAUCUCCUAACUUUUCUUCUAAAACGUGUUAAAUUCCUGAUAUCUUCAAAACCUUGUUAAUUAUUUCCUAUCUAUCUAUAAACAAAUGCGUUUGAUUGGUUAUGUCUGUUGUAUUCUACCAAAAAUAGUACUGAAAAAUACAACUAUACACAAUCUUUGUUCAGCAAAA